CAAUAAAAGAAGCUAUCGAGGUGAGCACAAAUUAUAAUGCAGUGUACUAAUAGAUGCCAGCCAGGGCUGCGGCCUGCGUUCUGAUUGGCUCAUUAUCACCAAGCCCAUUUGUUCCCCACUGGAAGCUCGCAGUUCCUAGGCACAUAUGUCAUGUGGUACAUUAUGAGCCAUCAUAAAAGACCCAUCAUGCACGAUGUUAGAUGACAUCGAUAUUUGUCUGUCGCAGAUCAGGAGUUUGCUUGACCAUGAUGUGUCUUCCUGCCAUGUUUACGGCUCUGCUCGCGGUCGCUGCUGCUAGCGCUCGUACCAUGACGAAGCACGAGCUUAGAGAGCGUCAACUUGAGGCCGCGAAGCGUUGGCAGACCAGUGGCACAGAGGCUAGAGCUCCGAGCGUGAAACGCGGUGGUGUUCAAAAUAUCACGUUCACGAACACCAAAGCCUCAGAAUUUUAUGUUGAUGGCAGAUCCCUCCCUCUUGUAGACUUCGACGUUGGUCCAAGCUGGGCAGGUCUUUUACCCAUCAGUAACAGUACCAAUGAGACGCGCCAGCUCUUUUUCUGGUUUUUUCCUCCCGGUCCGGAAGGGAGUCUCGAUGAUUUAAUUUUUUGGACAAAUGGCGGCCCUGGCUGCUCCUCCCUCGAAGGUUUGCUGCAAGAGAAUGGACCUCUCAGUUGGUCCUGGGGUCAAGCCAAACCGACGGUGAAUGAACAAAGCUGGACCAACCUGUCUUCCGUACUCUGGGUGGAGCAACCCGUUGGCACAGGAUUCUCUCAGGGCAUUCCAAACAUACAGAACGAGGAUGAUCUCGCCGCUCAACUUGUUGGCUUCAUGCAGCAGUUCCUGGAGGUCUUUUCGGAACUAAAAGGCAAGAAGCUGUAUCUGACGGGUGAAAGCUACGCAGGAACAUACGUGCCUUAUAUUGCGAACUAUAUCUAUGAGAAUCCCACUUUGUUGGACCUCUCGUUGCAAGGGCUAUGGAUUAAUGAUCCUUCACUCUCGUGGGACGUGGUGCAACAGGAGAUUCCUGCAGUGGACUUCGUGAACAAAUACACAGGUCUCUUCUCUUUCAAUCAAACAUUCAUGGACUACCUCGACAAGAAGGCCGUGAAGUGUAAUUAUGCUGGCUACAUGGACAAGUAUGUCAAGUACCCUCCGUCUGGACCUCUUCCACUGCCAGGGGACUCUGUCGAGUUUGCUGAAGGCUGUGAUGUCUGGGACGACAUUUUCAGCAGUGCGCUGAUUAUCAACCCCGCCUUUGAUCUCUAUCGCAUCUGGGACACUUAUCCAAUUCUAUGGGAUGUCCUUGGUUUCCCAGGCUCAUUCCCACAGACACAGACACCAAUCUACUUCAACCGAACAGAUGUAAAGAAAGCCAUCCACGCGCCUGUAGACACCGAGUGGACGGAGUGCUCCAAGAAUGUUUUCCCCAAUGGAGACGGCAGUUUGCCCCCAGUUUUCACUGUGUUACCGAACGUUAUCGAGAAGAACCAGCGGACCGUCAUCGUGCACGGUCUCGCAGACUUCUAUUUCAUCGCUGAAGGAACAAGAAUUGCCAUUCAAAACAUGACCUGGAAUGGAUUGCAAGGAUUCCAGAUGCCAAUCGCCAAUGAUAGCUUCAUUGUCGAUAGCGUAGGUGCCUACGGAACAAUGCACUCAGAGCGGGGCCUAACUUAUUACGAGGUAUCCCUGAGUGGACACAUGGUUCCACAAUUUGCACCAGUGGCUGCUUUCCAGAUUAUGCAGUACCUGAUGGGAUUUAGGGACACGCCGUAGAUAGUGACACUUGCCGUUGGUUUGUAGAUCCAGAUGCCUGCCAUCAAUGUUUACAAGCGUUCGUCGUUCACGUUUGGUGGAG